AUGGGCGGUGCUGCCCCUGUGGCAAUGAUUUGCUUGGAUCCACAGGUCUUGGAGUAUGGCCGCGAACUCAUCGACAAGAAGGACCUUCAUGGAUUAUUAUCGUCUGAUGUAAAAACCUUUUUGUCAAGGGCUUUUCAGACACCAGCCGCGCCACACGCGCCACACGCGAUACCUGCCAUUCUUUGCCAUGAGUCCGUUGAGGAGUCGGCUGGCCGGAUCUCUUUGCGCCAGGCGCUAGAGGAUAUACUUCAAGGCCACUGA